AUGCCACACUCUCAAGAGCCUUUGGAUGCCCCGGAUGGCUCCGCUCUUACUUGGAUCUUCGACCACUGUCUUCGUUACCCCGGAUCCUAUGAAAUUCCUCUGCGCACUAUGUACGCAUUGAACUGCAAUCCCACCAGACAAGCCACCCCUGGAUCUCGCCCAGAGACCGCCUUCGGCCACCGUUCGACCGGUUCCAACUCCUCCAAAUCUUCUCUCUCCUCCCAAGAAAGCAAGUUGGACCUCGCAGCCGACUUCAAGGCUCAAUUGACUCAUCAAAUCUCUCGUCUCCCCUCGCAACCUUGCUCUCUUCCUCCCAGCUUCAUCACUACUUUCUUGCGUCGCUGCUUUGCCCCGCAGCUGGAAGAUGUCGACUUUCCCCAGGCCUUGACUGCCCUGGACUAUCUCAAGGAUCUCGAUGUUCGACGUAACAGAGAGGUGGCGGCUGCCUUGCACCGUCUGAGUCUGGAACCUAAAGAUGUCCAGGAGAAGUCGGAGCUGAGAAAGAAAUACCCUCAGGUUUUGGCCUGGAUUGAGUCUGUCAAUGUCAAGGGUCGUAAGGCCGAGGCCCUCUACACCCAGAUCUACAUUGGCCUGCGCCGUUGGACAUUGAUCAACGAAAUGCUGCUGGAGCCCCACAACAAAGCCAACUGCAUUGCCAUGCUCAACACCCUCUUCCCCCCGGUUACCGACACAACCCCCACCCCCACACCCCAAUUGACCCCGCAGAUCUUGAAGUCCCAACGGGAUGGGUUCUUCCGCUACAUCUCAGCCUUUGACACCAAUGGCAGGAAGAUCCUCGACAAGAUCAUUGCUCAGGGAGCUCAGGAGGGCGAACCAAACGGAUGGCCGCUGGUCCGGGACGCAUUGGACAAGUACCUCCGCAUUGCCAAUGAGAUCAUUGAUGAAUGCUCGAUGGUCAAUGUGGAUGCUCGCCCCGCCAGCAUUAGCGAAGAACAAGAAGAACAAGAAAACACCCCACCUAAAAGCCACAAAGGCCGCAAGGUCGAUUCCGGCAUCAGCUUUGCCUCGACCGAGAAACUCCCUCCUCCUUCUAUCAGGAGCAACAGCAGCAACGAGGAUAUGUGCGACAAGCCUCUUCCUCUCCCACCCUCUCCCUCCUCCAAAGCCAAGGGUGGCUCGACUUUGGAGCGGCUGGCCCGCGAACUCCGAAAACUUGGCGAUGCCGGUAAGACCAAGAACCUCAAGAAAAUGAGGUCCACAAGCGCUCUCAGUGCUCGGCCUGAGAACCUGCCUACCAACUCUGCCGACGAUUCUUUCUUUGAAAUUGACGAUCAGAAGCGCAAGCGCCUGAUCUGGGAGGCUAGCAGCCGCAAGAAAUCCCAUUCCAAGCAGUCCAGCUCGGACUCUCGUUAA